UCUCAGAGAGAGGGGUCCUUUGGGAAGAGUCACAGAGCGAUUUCCUCAGAGCUAGUAAGGAGUUGCGAGAGCGCAGGAGUGAGCCCUGAUCCGGACAUCACCCACGCCACGGCACGUCCCGCGGACCGCAGAGCUGCAGGCAGAGAGGAAAGCAGAGACUGAAAGAUGAAGAAAGAAGUGUCAGACAAUGAUGACAUCUGAUCUCCUUUUCUUCCUCCCUGACAGCCCGAACUGUGGAUCUCUGCGAACCAGGAUUGACUUCUUUCGGGUCAAUCCGGUCCCCGUCGUUCUUUGAAGAUACCUCUUUGUAAAUGUUGGGACAAGUUGGAUCUCAGUAUUCUUGUAAGAUUUGCGCUCAGCUUUAGUUUCCAGAUCCCUGCUCAGAACAGGAGGCAGAGGGAAUAAAGAGCAGCCGGGAGCGUCCGAGUGACGGAUCCACUGCAGAACAAGUGCGCAGCUGGGGUGGAUAAGGAACGGGCUUUCGGAGGUUUUGUUCAUGUUCGGGAUCCAGGAGAGCAUCCAGAGAAGCGGCAGCAGUCUGAAGGAAGAGCCGCUGGGAGGCAUGAACGUCCGGAGCUGGAUGCAGGGAGGCGGCGUGCUGGACGCCAACACGGCGGCUCAGAGUGGAGUGGGUCUGGCCCGGGCUCACUUUGAGAAGCAGCCGCCCUCCAACCUGCGGAAGUCCAACUUCUUCCACUUCGUCCUGGCUCUGUACGACCGGCAGGGCCAGCCGGUGGAGAUCGAGAGGACCAACUUCGUCGGCUUCAUCGAGAAAGAGAAGGAGUCGAGCGGGGAGAAAACCAAUAACGGGAUUCAUUACCGACUUCAGCUUCUCUACAGUAACGGCAUCAGAACAGAGCAGGACUUCUACGUCCGACUUAUAGACUCCAUGACUAAACAGCCGAUUGUUUAUGAAGGCCAAGACAAGAACCCAGAGAUGUGCAGAGUGCUGCUGACACAUGAGAUCAUGUGCAGUCGGUGCUGUGACAAGAAGAGCUGCGGAAAUCGUAAUGAGACGCCCUCAGACCCUGUUAUCAUCGACAGAUUUUUCCUUAAAUUUUUCCUUAAGUGCAACCAGAACUGCUUAAAGAACGCUGGGAACCCAAGAGACAUGAGAAGGUUCCAGGUGGUUGUGUCAACUACGGUGAGCGUGGAGGGACAUGUCCUGGCAGUCUCUGACAAUAUGUUUGUCCACAACAACUCAAAACACGGCCGGCGGGCCCGCAGGCUCGACCCCGUGGAGGGAACCCCAUCUUACCUAGAACACGGAGCAGCUCCCUGCAUUAAGGCCAUCAGUCCUAGCGAGGGGUGGACUACAGGGGGCGCUACAGUCAUCAUCAUAGGAGACAACUUCUUUGACGGCCUCCAAGUUAUCUUUGGUACCAUGCUGGUUUGGAGCGAGCUGAUUACGCCACAUGCCAUUCGGGUGCAGACMCCUCCCAGACACAUCCCUGGGGUCGUAGAGGUCACUCUGUCUUACAAGUCCAAACAGUUCUGCAAAGGCACACCAGGAAGGUUCAUAUACACCGCACUGAACGAACCAACCAUUGACUAUGGUUUUCAGAGGCUUCAGAAGGUUAUCCCUCGGCACCCUGGGGACCCUGAAAGGCUUCCAAAGGAGGUUAUUCUGAAAAGAGCAGCRGAUCUGGUGGAAGCGCUCUACGGUUUGCCUCAUAACAACCAGGAGAUCAUCCUGAAACGAGCAGCGGACAUCGCAGAAGCUCUGUACAGCGUCCCACGAACACACACCCAGCUGUCCGGCUCGACGCACACAGGCAUGAUGGGAGUGAACUCCUUCACCGGACAGCUGUCCGUCAACGUUUCGGAGCCGUCACAGGCCAAUCAGGGGUUUGUGCGCAGCAGCAGCAGCGUGUCGCCUCACGGUUAUGUGCCCAGCUCCACACCUCAGCAGACCAGCUACACCUCAGUCAGCAGCACCAUGAACGGCUACGCUAACAACGGGGGCAUGACCAACCUCGGAGGCUCGCCCACUUUCCUCAACGGCUCCGCCGCCAACUCGCCUUAUGCUAUUGUUCCAUCCAGUCCCACUAUGGCCUCAUCCACAUCUCUUCCCUCCAACUGUUCUUCUUCUUCUGGGGUUUUCUCCUUCUCCCCGGCCAACAUGGUGUCAGCGGCCGUUAAGCAGAAGUCCGCCUUCGCGCCGGUGGUGAGGCCGUCGUCCUCUCCUCCUCCUUCCUGCACUAGUGCCAACGGCAACGGACUUCAAGAUCAAACAUUUGUGGACUCUAGCAAGUACUCAUCAGCCGGCUCUCUACAAGGCCUGGCCUUCACCUGAACAAUCCCAGGAAUGAUCRUCCCACCCAUGUAAAGGUGUGAGCGUGUGGUUCUGUGUGUGUGUGUGUUUGUUGGUGUAAGACGAGUCAAGCACACACACUCUCGCUGAUCCCGCUGGAGGAUUUGCUCCGAGACGGACUCCGGUUGGGGAUGGAGGAGUCCAUCCWGCUCUGAAGGAACAAAACCAACUCAGGCCCUUUCUAACACAAAAAUACAAGGAGAACAGCAAAACUGUUUGUAGAAAUCUUUGUACGAUGUAAUGCUUUUAUGCCACAUCCAAGAUUAUGACUCUCCAUGGUCACAAAAAAUGUAUUUUGGACAGAAUCCACUUCCUCUCUUCAGAGAUUGAUUUUCGUUUCUUUUUUGUGCUACAUGUGAUGACCUUCUUUUCAAUGUAACCUACAGGAGCGAUUUUCUAUUUAUGGAGUUYUGUCUUCAGUGAAGGAGUAUAAUGUGAAGAGGACCUGAUGGUGAUGAGGAUGCUUUCAUACAGGCCUGAUGCAGCCAACACAGACAAGCCAAACCGUCACCUUCUCUUCUKUUUUUUUGCCAAAACUACCCAUUCAUCACUSUCCCGACUUUAUUGUUUUAGUUGAAGGACUUUGAUUGUUCUGCUGAACCAUUCAGAAAAAUUCAAACGUUUACUCUUAGCCUUCGUCUCAUGCAUCUUCUCUGCGGUUCUCAUGUGAUUCAUUUUCUUAAAAACAAAAGGUUAAGGAGGAAAGACUUCAAAUGAAUGUAGCUCCUCUCAUCAGGUGUGAUCAUGAUUUGCCAACAACAGCUCUAAUUGAUCUUACACAAUUCAGUUUUAAAUUCAGACACAGUCAUUUUUUAAGAGGGAAAACAUGUCUUAAAGGACUGCUGCCAUUAUUAAGUGUUUUGUGCGAAUUCGAUUCUUUKUUUUUAUGUCGUUUUGUUUCGCCGUGUUGUUUUUACGCAGGAUGAACCGGCCUGCUGUCUUUGGUGCUUGUCGUCYGACCAAGUUUAAUUGGCAAAAGGAGAACAUUAAGCCAGUGGUCUCACUUACUACACAUGCUGCACUGCAAAAAAAUGCCUUUCGGAUUUAAGAAGCCUGUUUUUUUUUUUUAGGUUUUAGUUUUAAAUGCCCACCACUGAAGUGAAAACAUAAAACAAAUCUUCUAAUCCUUCAAAGCUGCAUGUGUGAUUUUAACAAGUCGUGCACCGUGGUAACAUUUCUAUCUUAAGAUGUUUWUAUGAUAUGUUGCAUCAUUUUAAUUAAUCCCAUUAAUGUGGUGCCAUAAAYUGAGUGAAUAAAGUUGAGGUAUAGGUGCUAAUGUUCAGAGACAAAACAGUCCAUGGUUACUGUUCCACCUGUCGGUGUAGAUGUCUUUACUUCUACUAAAUUGUUUGUCAAAGCUGUUAAUGUGUCUUAAUGCAGAAUUUUCCAGCAUAUUCAAAAAAUAUUAACAAAUGUUUAAUGUUAUGCCAGCCUAGAUUAGAUUGAGAUUGUAUUAGAAGUUGCUUGUAGAUAAUUAUGCAUAAGUUUUUUAAUAAUUAAUUUAAAAAAUCAUUAGCACUACAGCAGUGAAAUGUGACAGCUGAUCAGCUUUCUGCGUGUUUCUGUUGGUAAAUUUAAUGAUUUAUAUUUGGUGACGCACUUCAAGUCUCUGAGGUAACCAGAACUUUGUCUGGCCCAAAUCUAAAAAAAUAUUUUAAACCUAAAUCUGCCCUAAGUAUGAGUAGUUUUGGGCUUAACUUUAAAAUUGAGAUAUUAUUUUAAACACAGCCUUUUCAAAGUGUAACACAGAUACGUAAUACUUUGAUCUGUGCAUAAAAAGAUUGACUAUUCUGCAACAACUGAUUUGAUAUAAACAACUAGGUUUUCUUGAGCUUGGCCUGCUAUCAAAACUGAAAUCUUGUGUCUCUAAAAAAAUUUUUAAUCUAACGUUUAAUACACCAGUGAUAAAAUAUGCUAUUUAGAUUCAACUUUUUGGGAUAAUUUAUUGACUUUUCUCUUUCUUCUGCACAUGUUUACGAAGCACUUACAUUUACUUUUCAUUUCUUAGAAUAAAGGAAGACAUUUUUUGCAGUGCAGGAAACUUUAUCAGUGAGAUGUCUUAAAGAAAUUUCACAAGCAGCUGCUUUUAAAAACAAAAUAACUAUUUGCAACCUGGUAGUGUGUGCUGCUAAAACAGUCUUAACUGAACUAUACUAUUUUGCCAAAAUGCUUUUUUAGGUUUUGUCUGACUAAGCAGUCUUAUCUGAUGUGUUGGAUGGUUAACUUGUCACAGACUGACACAAACAUCUGAUGCUGCCAUUAUGAACUUUUUGUCACGGUUGGUUUAAUGACAUUAUUUCUUUUUUAAACCUGGAGCUUUGAAUGCACAUGAAAUCUGGUCUGUUUAUCCCUCAGGCUGACGAUUUUUGCAACCAACAAAAACUUGGUUAAAUUAUUACUUGGACAUAAAACUCGAAAACUUACAACUUAUAUGUGCUUAUACUGUUUGUGUAACUUGCAAAAUUGUUUGUAAUAAAGUGUUCUCAGACCA